AUGGCAGCCUCGAGACACCGCUUUACCCCUCAAGGCCCAGCCCCAGUGUGGCCGUCCAGUCGCCAGCCGGCCAAUGAGCGCGCGCGCCUCGGGCCAUCAAUGCGCAUGCGAUGCAGAGCCCAGCCAAUCAGCCUGAAGCGCGCGCCGGCCGCAGAGUUCGCAGCAUGUCGCUGUGCUCGCUGUCGGGCUCGGGUUCGGACCCGGGAUCGCGGGGCUGCCGGAGGACGAAGGACGGUUCUGCCGAUUGGGUCGGCACGUUUGGCAGGACCCCAAACCGACCCCGGGCUGGUCCAUCCAGUGGGUGACAGCUCCUUGGUCCUUUCUGCCUCCUGCGUGUUCCAUAUAGCGCUGGCCCCAGGAAGAGUCAAAAGGCAGAGGUCUGACCCUAAAAGGGCCCAGGAGCUCAGAGGGGCUACCGUGCGCCUCCUGAGACAGAACCUGUGUUUGAGGGACCUUCUGCUGGAGGUGGAGAGACUCCCACAUCAAGAGCUGAGCCUCUGCCUCUGGACAGAUUCUGGCAAGCCUGACAGGUCAGACCUUUCUAGCUGGUCUAUAGACUCUGCUUUGGUGGACCAGGCUGCAUGGCUGGGGGUGCCUGUGCCAACUCUGUGUAGCCAGCUGGUGAUCGCUCGCCUGCUGAAGAUCUGUGGAUCUGACGUGGGCAAGGUGCUGCUGAGCACUGAGCAAAGAAGCAAGCUGGAGCCCCUGUUAGAGUUGGCGCAGGGCUUCUCUGCACGUGGCAUGCUCUCCCGUAACCACUGCUGCCAGCUGCUAUGGAAAGAGCAGAAAUCGCUGUCCAUGGAGGCUGUGUGGCGUCUCCAUACCCAGAACAUUCUGAACUUUCAGGAGCUGCUGGACAGCAACACGGAUGUGCAGGCUCUGGAGACAUGGCUCAUGGAGAAGCUGCACCUUCUGUGUGAGCAGACACAGGAGCCUGGCCCCUCCCAGGUGUCUUCCGCCCUGCUUUCUGACCUGGUGCAAGUACUUGUGUCCAGGGGUUUCCAGGAGGACUCAGACUCAAGAAGAAACAUGCAGCCCGACCAUGUGCACCAGGUGGCUGUGACUGUGCUUCAGCAGAUGCUGGAGGGGCAUCUUCCCAGAGUCCAUCUGCCAAUGUUUAUCCUGCGCAUAGGUGCCCUGGACAUCCUGUCUGUGGUAGAGCCAGAGGACUCGGGACUCGCAGUGGCAUCUGCCUGGUUCUGUGCCCUCAGCACACACCCCUGCCCUGGCAGCAUCUUAGCCGCACCUCCAAAGACGUUUCUCCGCCAGACCCUGACCCAGGUCCUCACCUACAAGCCCACGCUGAGAGUGUCCGACGCACUUCAGAUGCAGAAAGACUGGAGCUUCGCCAAGACACCAGCCUUGCUGCGAGACCUGUUCCGUGGGCUCUUCGUGUUCCUGAGCGUAGAUGAGCUGGUCGACCUUCUGCAAUCUGUGCUGGCGGCCCAGGAGGUGAACUGGAAGCACGUGCUUUCCUGUGUGUCUACCCUGGUCGUUUGCCUGCCGCAGGCCCAGCGUAUAGUCCAAGACUGGGUGGCACGUUUGCUGACCUCUGCGUUUGAGAGCUGUGACCUGGACAGCAUGGUCACUGCAUUCCUGGUCAUCCGUCAGGCUGCACUGGAGGGCCCUGCUGUGUCUUCAUCCUAUUCCGACUGGUUCCAGGCCUCUUUCGGGAGCAUGCGGGGCCACCAUGCUGGCAGCAAGAAGACUCUGGUGUUUCUAUUCAAGUUUCUGACCGAACUGGUGCCCUACGAGGCCCCCCGGUACCUGCAAGUACACCUCCUGCACCCACCCCUGGUUCCCAGCAAGCACCGUGCCCUGCUGACUGACUAUGCCUCACUGGCCAGGACCCGGCUGGCUGACCUGCAGGUUCCUGUGGAAACCAUGGGACUCUAUGACGACUUGUCCUUGGCUGGGGAUGUCCCCAAGCCUCACUGCCAGGCCCAGCAGGAUGUCAACAGAGCCAUCGAGGUGUUUGAGCAGACCGGGAAGGUCCCUGUCACUGUCAUGGAGGCCAGCAUCUUCAGGAAACCUUACUUCGUGUCCCUCUUCCUCCCUACCCUGCUCACACCGCGCAUGCUCCCACAGAUUCCUGACUCCCGAGUGGCAUUUAUCGAGGCCCUGAAGAGAGCUGAUAAAAUCCCCUCUUCUCUGUACUCCACCUACCUCCAGGCCUGUUCUGCAGUUGAAGAUGGGAAGCCACACUCAGACGAGGCCGCACCUGUACCACUGGGGGAGCCGCUGGGGGCACUCAGAGCUGCAUUGCAGGGGCUCAGGGCUGUGAUGUCUGAUCCUACCCGACAUGAAGCUGUGUCCCCCCAACUGGCCCUGGUCGCUGAAAAGCUUGACUCUGCUUUGGGCCACAGUGGGGACACAUCCCAGUUUCACCAGGCCUCAGUGCUGGAGCCACAGAGAGAGGCGGUGGCAGAUCUCCUGUUGACAGCUUUUUGUCAGAACCUCGUUGUGGCCUGCCGCUUUGCACCACCCGACAGGCAGGGCCCCUGGGCAGCCCAAUUCGUGGCACUCAUGUGCAGACACAAGCUUCUCCAAACUUUGCUCACCAGGCUCAGGCAGCUGCUCGGACACCAGGGCCCAGGCCUACUCACCGCACAUUUGCUGGGACUGGCUGCCCUGGUGGUCCACCUAGAUGUGCCUAUGACAUUUGGGUCCUUAUUACCUAUGACCUUCCAAGAGGUCAUAGGCACAUCUGCGGGCAGGUUCUGCACUGCGGCUGUCUCUUACUCUCUCUGCAAGUCCCCCUCCCAGCUGCAGGGCGCUCUAUGCAGCAGCCUGGGUCCAGGCCUCAUCAAAAAGUUUCAGUUUCUGGUGCUCAGGUUGCUUGCUGAGGCCCGGGAUGCACUCAACUGGGAGGAAGAUGUCAGCCUUCCCUGGCGCUGCUUGUGCCUCCCGUCUACAGACUGGCUGCAUGCGGCUUUUGCCCUAUGGCAGCAGAGACCAUUCCAGGACCUGCUCAAAGAAGAAGGACUCCACUUAACCUACAGGGACUGGUUACAGCUGGAAGUGGAGAUUCAGCCGCAUGCUGACUAUCUUUCAGAUUCAGAGAGACUUGACUUCCAGCGCUGGGCCAUCCUUGAGCGGUUCCUGCCUACACCCCCUGCAGCUGGUGGCUGUGGAGGAGACGUGGAGAGGGCAUGCACUGAACUGGCAGCCGUUCUCAUGGACACCUGCCAGAGCUCCUCAAGCCACAGCUGCUCACAGAGCCCUGGUCUGAGCCUCAGUGGCUUUUUGGCAAAUCGGGAUCUUCUGUCCAGGCUGCAGGAGCUGGUUACUGAUCUGGACCACAGCCCCUCCAAUCCACAAGGGCACUUUCUUCUUCGGGCUUUGUGCCAACGGCUGCAGGCUCUGCCCAGGGGCUGGGACGAAGCCACCUGCCUUCAAAGACAGCAGGAGCUGCUGAGGUGCCAAUGGGUUCUGGUCAACCUGCCUCCAUCUCUGCUAGUUGGCAGCCCUCGGGUGGACUUGCCCAUCCCUGACUGUGCCGAGUUCUUCCGCUUGGUCAAUUCAGAGCUGAGAAAUGCCUGCUCCCGAGAAGGCGCUUUGAGUCAUGCUGUCACUGCCCACUUCUUCAGGGGUCUCCUCAACACCUGUUCCAGAAGCAGAGAGCCUGCCCUGACAGUGGAUGAGACGCUGGUGGCAUGUCGGACCAAGUGCCCCCUACUGGUGACCUCUGCACUGCUGUGGUGGCCGCGACUGGAGGCUGAACUCCAAAGCUGCUGGGCCAGAUGCUCACCUGGCCCAGAACCCAGAGAGCUGCAGCGGCUACGGGAAGCCCAACUCUUUGCUGGGAGCCUCCUGUCUUCCAACACAAUGCACCCUCCACCCAGCCCGGCCUGGCUCCUUGCUGCAGCCCUGCACUUCACCAUCCAGCGCACAGGGAAGGGCAGCAUCCAGAGUGAGCUGUGUCAACUGUCCUCAUCCCCCGGGGAACAGUUGCUGCUCUCUCUCUUCUUCUUCUCCCUGAUGCGCCUUCUCUCCUCACACCUGAGUCCACAGACUGCCCACCCCAAGAGAGCUCUGGGCAUUUGUGCCGAGAUCCUCAGCUGUCUGGAGAUGAGGAAGAUUUCCUGGCUGCAGCUCUUUGAGCUGAGAGAGACAGAUACCAGCCUGGGAUGUGUCCUGCUCCGCCUGGCCCCAGAUCAGCACGUGCGGUUGCUGCCUUUUGCCUUCUACAGCCUCCUUCCCUACUUUGGUCGAGAUGCCCUCCUGGAGGAAGAGGGUUCCCUGCGCAUCACAGUGGAUAUGUACUGGAAGCUGAUUAGCCUCUUCGUGGGUGGAGAGACACAGCCCAUGACUGGCGUUGGUGGAAGCAGGCAGGACCAGGAAGAGCCCAUGGGCUUGAUCACAAAAGCACGUCUCUUUCUGCUGCAAUUCAUACCUCGGUGUCCAGCAAAGAGCUGCUCCAACGUGGCUGAGCUGCUGGCAGUGGGUGAGAACUGUGACCCUGAGGUGAUUGCCGCCCUUCGUAGCAAGCUUCAGGCCAUCCCUAACCUCCACUAGGAACCCCAGCUCUUCUGAAAGGACCAGGCAACACCAACUCCUUGUAAAUAAUUUAUUACAAGUGAAACACCGG